AUGUCUGUUCUGUGGCCGGCGCUUCUCGCAGGGGUAUCUACAUUCUUCCUGGGGCUCUUUGUAUGGGUCAUCGUACAACACCUUCUCACUGUUGAAAUUCCAUCUACCCUGAAGCAUCCAGCCAAGUUAAGGUUUUUGCAUUGCAUCCUCCUGUACCUGAUAACUCUGGGAAACAUACUAGAGAAACUGAGAAUUUGUUCCAUGCCCAGGGUUUUGCAAUUUGUCCAGGAUCUAAUCCUGAUAAGGAAGAACCCUAAUGUGGUGGUGACUGACACACAUUUUGGGACAGUUCCUGUGAGGCUGUUCAAGCCCAAAGAAGCAUCUUCCAAAUACAGGCGAGGCAUCAUCUUCUACCAUGGAGGAGGUGCAAUAUUUGGAAGCCUAGAUACGUACCAUGGCCUGGGAAACUUCCUGGCCCAUGAGACAGACUCAUUGGUGCUGUUGGUGGGGUACCGCAAGCUUCCUGACUACCAUCACCCUGUCCUUGUCAAUGAUUGCCUGAAUGCUACUAUCCACUUCCUGAAGAACCUGGAAAUUUUGGGGGUAGAUCCCUCCCGGGUGGUGCUCUGUGGAGACAGUCUGGGAGGUUGGGCUGUGGCCACAGUCACCCAGGUCUUAACCAACAUGCCAAAUCUACCUCGAAUCCAGACUCAAGUCUUGAUUUACCCAAUUCUGCACUUCAUCAAUUUUCAGUUACCAUCCUAUCAGCAAAACAAAAAUGUGCCAUUUCUUACCAGAGACAUGUUGCUUAUGUGUAUUUGUAAAUACCUGGCCAUUGACCUCUCUUGGUCAGAUGCCAUGUCUACAGGUGCAGUUAUACCUUUGGACAAGUGGAAGAAGUACAGGAAAUGGCUCAGCUAUGAUAACAUCCCCAGAAGGUUCUGGAGCCAAGACACACAACCUGAAGUCUUUGGACCUUUCAAUGAGGCUGCUUAUCUAGAAACCAAACAUGUUUGGAGUGCAGAAAUUUCACCUCUCCUAGCAGAUGACAGGAUCAUUGCUCAGCUUCCUAAGACAUUCCUAGUGAGCUGUGAGCAUGAUAUCCUCCGAGAUGAUGCCUUGCUCUACAAGAAGCGCUUGGAAGACCAGGGGGUUCCUGUGAGCUGGUACCAUGCAGAGGAUGGCUUUCAUGCAUGCAUCAAUUUGUUUGAUAAGCAGCCUUUCUCUUUCCCCUGCUCCAUGAAAGUUGCAAAUGCUGUUGCCUGUUACAUAAAAGACAUAUGA